AUGGACGACUCGAUGGAGGAGGCUUCAGCCUUCGAUGUGGACGAAGCAAGCGACUUUGAAGAGCCAGUUGUCAAGACCAAGGCCAAAGCUCCCUUCAAGGCACCUGCGAAGAAGGCGACCGCUGCACCAAAAGCUAAGGCUGCCACCAAACAGACAACACUCUCGAAAACCACAAAAGCAGCACCGAAGGCGAAAGCUCCUGCAAAGCCCAAGAAACGCGCGAAGCCAGACUCGGACGCCGAAAACACCGAUGUCGACAUGAACUCCGUGAACGACGACUCGCUUCUUUCCAAUACACCGCCUUCUGCGAAAAAGCAAAAGAAGGCGCCGGCCGCGAAGAAGGCAAAGGCCGCCAGUCAGCCUCUUUCCGAACUCGAAAACGAAAGCUUCGCCAUGGACGUAGAUGCGGAGCAGGAUGCAGAGCCUGGGGCAAACGCGAAGAAGGGCGGCUCGAGUGAUCAAUACCAGAAGCUCACUCAGCUGGAGCACAUCCUCAAGCGUCCGGACACAUACAUUGGGUCUGUUGAAAGCACGACUGAGCAAAUGUGGGUCUACAACUCCGAAACAAAGUCAAUGGAGAACCGCAAGGUUAGCUUUGUGCCCGGUUUGUACAAGAUCUUCGAUGAAAUCCUGGUGAACGCGGCAGACAACAAGCAGCGUGACAAGAACAUGAAUGAGAUGCGCGUGUGGGUGGACGCUGAUAAGGGCGUCAUUUCCGUGAAGAACAACGGCCGCGGUAUUCCGAUCGAGAUGCACGAGAAGGAGGGAAUCUGGGUGCCUGAGAUGAUCUUCGGACACCUCUUGACCUCUUCMAACUACGACGAUGAGCAGGCCAAGGUGACUGGUGGACGCAAUGGUUAUGGUGCCAAGCUUGCAAAUAUCUACAGCACCAAGUUUCAGCUGGAUACAGUGGACAGCAAGACCAAGCAGCGCUAUCGCCAGGCGUGGAAGAAGAACAUGAGUGUCAUGGACAAGGCCGUCAUUGAGAAGUCCAAGGGCAGCCAGGACUACACACAAAUCACGUUCAUGCCAGACUUCGCGAAAUUUGGCAUGGACAAGAUGGACGAAGACUUUGAGGCUUUGGUGAAGCGCAGAGUCUAYGAUAUGGCUGGUACAGCAAAAGGUGUCAAGGUCUACUUGAACGACGAGCGGAUCAACAUCACCAAGUUCAAACAGUACAUGGAGAUGUACACCAAAGCCAUUGGAACURAGAAUCUUGCCAACGAUGGUGCCGCACCUGAGCAAGUCAUCUUGACCGACAACCCGCAUGAGCGCUGGGAGAUCGGCUUUGCUGUUUCAGACGGCUCGUUCCAACAGGUGUCGUUUGUCAACUCGAUUGCCACCACUCAUGGAGGAUCGCACGUCAACUAUAUUGCCGACCAAAUCUGCGACAAGCUUGAGGAGAUUGUGAACAAGAAGAACAAGGGAGGCGUCAAGCUGAAGAAAGCACAGAUCAAGAACCACAUUUUCCUGUUCGUCAACUGCCUCAUCGUCAACCCGGCAUUCACUUCUCAAACAAAGGAGCAGCUUACCACCAGACCGACCGCGUUUGGUAGCAAGCCCCAAGUCACGGAGAAGUUUCUGAAGGAUAUUGCAAAGACUGAAGCCGUGAACAAUAUCAUCCACUUUGCACAGCAAAAAGCAGACAAGGUGCUUUCCAAGUCGGACGGCAAUCGCCGACAGCGCAUGAACAACUCCAAGCUUACAGACGCCAACAAAGCUGGUACCAAGGACGGCCACAAGUGCACGCUGAUCUUGACGGAAGGUGACUCGGCCUCGCUGCUAGCAUUGGCUGGUCGUGCUGUUGUCAAUCCCGACCACAUUGGAGUAUUCCCACUCCGGGGAAAGAUUCUCAAUGUUCGCGAUGCAUCGAUUGAUCAAAUCUCGAAGAAUGCAGAGAUUCAGAACAUCAAGAAGUUCAUGGGUCUGCAGCACAAGAAAGACUAUCCGGACACCAAGAGCUUGAGAUACGGACAUUUGAUGAUCAUGACCGAUCAAGAUCAUGAUGGUUCGCAUAUCAAGGGUUUGCUCAUCAACUUCCUCCAGGUGCAGUACCCUUCACUGCUGAAGAUCCCUGGCUUUUUGCUGGAAUUCAUCACACCCAUUGUCAAAGUCUGGAAAGGCGACCCCAAGCAUCCCAGAGCCAAGAGAGACUUUUUCACCAUGCCAGAGUACGAAGCUUGGAGACAGGAGGCCGGCAACCAGAAAGGCUGGGAGCACAAGUACUACAAGGGAUUGGGUACUUCGGAUACGCGAGAUGCCCAGGUCUACUUUGCGGACCCCGACAAGCAUUUGAAGACAUUCCACGCGAUGCAGGACCACGAGCCUGAAUUGAUUGACCUGGCUUUUUCGAAGAAGAAGGCCGACGCACGAAAAGCAUGGUUGGGCAACUUUGUACCCGGCACGUAUCUUGAUAUGUCAUCAACCGAGGACAUCACGUACGACGAUUUCAUCAACAAGGAAUUGAUUCUUUUCUCCAUGGCCGACAACAUGCGAUCCAUUCCCUCUGUCAUCGACGGUCUCAAGCCAGGCCAGCGCAAGGUCAUGUACACAUGUUUCCGCCGCAACCUGAGGAAAGACGUCAAGGUUGUGGAACUUGCUGGAUCUGUUUCUGGACUCACGGCGUAUUCGUACGGAGAGACAUCCCUCCAGCAGACCAUUGUUGGUAUGGCGCAGAACUUUGUCGGCUCGAACAACAUCAACAUCCUCGAACCCAGCGGCAAUUUCGGUUCUCGUCUUCAAGGUGGCAGCGAUUCCGCUAGCGMACGUUACAUUUACACGAGACUGUCCCCAUUCGCGAGGCGCAUCUUCCACCAAACCGACGAGGCUUUGCUGACCUAUAACACCGACGAUGGCAAGACCAUCGAGCCAGAGAGAUAUGCGCCCAUCGUUCCCAUGAUUCUCAUCAACGGCGCUGAUGGUAUCGGUACCGGCUGGAGCACUUCUAUCCCCAAUUAUCGUCCCGAAGAGGUCAUUGAGAAUCUUAAGCGCCGUAUGGACGGUGGCUCCAAAGACUCCAUGCUGCCCAUGAUGCCGUGGUUCCGUGGCUGGACUGGUCAGGUCGAACAACUCAGCGAGGAGCGCUUCAAGUUUGGAGGCGCUCUUGCUAUCACUGGAGACAACGAGGUGGAGAUCACUGAGCUUCCCGUCAAGUACUGGACGCAAACCUUCAAGGACAAGCUUGAGGAGAUUCUCAGAGCUGAGAAGGUUCCUUCUUUCAUCAAAGACUACACGGAGUACAACACUCCAGAGAAGGUUCAUUUCAUCGUCAAACUCGAGGAGAAGAAGAUGUUGCAGAGUGAAGAGAAGCUGGAGGAACUUUUCAAGCUCUCGUCGACGAUGGCCACCACCAACCUUGUUGCAUUCGACUCACAGGGCCGCAUUCACAAAUACGCCACCCCCUUGGACAUCAUGGAGGAGUUCUACCAAUUCCGUCUUCAGAUGUACAUCAAGCGGAAGGCACACAUGCUGAGUGAGAUGCAGCGAGAGCUCGAGAAAUUGACCAACCAAGCGCGUUUCAUCAAAAUGAUCAUCGACGGCAAGCUGAUUGUUAGCAAAAAGAAGAAGUCUGCACUUGUUGCUGAGCUUCAGAAGCUUAACUUCACACCUUUCCCCAAGGUCGCCGAUGCCCGCAAGGAGGGCGAGUUCGAGGCUGUUGUCCAGGAGGACCAUGAAGCAGAUGAUGAUGCUGUCACUGCUGCGGGCGCAAGCGACUAUGACUAUCUUCUCGGCAUGGCGAUCUGGUCGCUCACACAAGAGCGCGUCGAGAAACUCUUGCGCCAGAUCGGCGACAAGGAGGAUGAGAUCACGGUGCUUACCGGUAAGUCCGCGCAGGACCUGUGGAGAACCGACCUCGAUGAGCUCCUCUUGGAAUGGCACACCCAGCUCGAGGAGGAGGAAAAGCGCGAUAAGAAGCUCAAGUCCAAGACUCGUCGCGUUUCCGGAAAGCUUGGAACUGGAGGCAAGACGGGAAAGAAGCGCAAGGCCGAUGGAAGUGAUGAUGACUCCGAUUUCGGUCCAAAGAGGGCAAAGGCCAAGGCUAGGACCUCACCGAAGCCCAAGACUGUGUCCAAGGGCAUGAGUGGAUUGAUGGCAAUGAACCCAAUCGUCAAUUCUGUCGAGCAGAAGCCUGUCGUCCCACCGCCGGCAGAGCGGCAGCUUACCCUUGAAGAUACAUUCAAGCCCGCCGCUGCCAAGGCAAAGGCCGCUCCAGCCAAGAAGGGGUUGAAGAAGGUCCUGGAUGUUGAUGAUGAGGAUGAAGAGGAGGAGGUCGUCGCGAAGCCUGCCAAGAAGCCCGCGGCUCGUGCGAAGAAAGUUGUUGAUUUGGACGAAGAUGACGAUGAAGAUGCCUUCCUAGCAGUCGCCAAAGAGGCAGCUCCCAAGCCAACUGGACGUGUCGGACGCGCUGCAGCCCAAAAGAAGAAGAAGUAUGCCGUCGAAUCUGACGAAGAUGCUUCCUCCGAUGGCGGGAAUGAUAUGCUCGCAGAUGUCAGCACGAUGGUGAAGGGGAUCGGUKGCGGCAGCAAUGAUGGUCCGACUCGUCUUUUCCACCCACAGUCCGGCUCGCGUCCAACAAGCAGUCACGGAUUGAAGCAAAAGCCUAGCAGAAAGAACCUGGCAGAUGCGGAUAUCUCGGACGACGAGACUGAUUGGGCUGCUUUGGCACAGAACUCUCCUCAGAAGACGACACAACAUACCAUGCUGUCAGAAGACGAUGAGAUGUUGGAUGAUGUUGACGUACCGGCCCCCAAGGCUGCCCCUGCCAAGGCAGCGCCCAAAGCGAGAGCAGCUCCAAAAGUCAAAGAAGCGGCUCCCCUCAAACAGAAGAAGACCGCUGCGCUCGCUGCACCAGUGCCAAAGCCGCUGUCGCCAGCUGCCAAGGCAUACGCCGCGAAGAAGGUCAGCGCUCAGGCCAAGGCUGGCGCGAAGAAGCGACUUCCGGAUUCUGAUGCGGAGAUGGAGGAAGUUGAUGAUGAAGACGUUGACCAGCUUGCCGACGACAUCUUGAGCGACGACGAGGAUGACAGCCCCRCCAAGCCUGCUGCGAGACCAUCUCGACGCGUUGCUGCGGCUCCCAAGUCAAGAUAUGUGGUCGAUGAUGACGAAGAUGAGGAUGACGACGAUGUCGAAGAAUCCGCGGAUUUCGAGGAUGAAAGCGAUUAA